AAAUUCACCUGUAGCUACCCUCCUACCCUAACAAAUCAUCAUUCUCCAGGGUUCACCUGUAACUAGAAAAGGUAUCAAAUCCGAUGAAGACCCGCCAAAGUUAACUGACAAUCAUAUCGUACAUGUCCUACAGACGACGAACCGUAUCCAAAUCCAUAACAUUUACCAUAUUACGACACUGACACCACUGAGUCUACAUAUACCUUUCCCACUAUCAUACACAAUACACUGCGGACUUUUCACACUCGACUUCCAUCUAGCAUUUCAAGCGACAUCGACAAAAUUAUUACAUACCUAUAUCGAAAAGGCCAAGGCGGGGUGAAUAGCUAUGGAUGUUCUUGAGAAGGAGAUCAUUAAGCUGCAGAGGGAUUCCAGCUUUGAUCAAAGUAUUGAGGAUGUGGACAAGAUCAUACAGCAACUGGAAAAAGCAAGAGAUGCUAUUGAAUCAGAACCUCAAUUCGCUUCCAUAACUUUAACCAAACUCCAGCACCCAUUGAAGAAUGGUUUCGAGAAAGUUAAUGAUGAUAUAAAAAAGAUCCAUAAAGCACAUGGUACCUACGGCAAAGCAGUGAACUCGAAUCUCCCAAAACAAACAUUACUUAACGAAAUCGAUGCUCUUGCAAAUCAUACCGAACUCGUAAAUCGAGCUAUCACCAUGCACCUUUUACGCGAAGGACAAUUCGGAGUAGCAUCAACAUUCUACGAAGAGUUACAAACUAUGAAAAAGAAUGGCUCGGGUCCAGGAGCAGAUCCAAAUUUGUUUGCGCCAGAGGACGAGACUGUGGAGGAAGGACUCCAAGGCGAAUUCGAAACCAUGUAUAAUAUAUUACACCAGCUCAAAGAGCGGAACCUCCACCCAGCAAUAGAAUGGGCACAAAAGAACAGCAGAGAACUCGAAACUCGAGGUAGUAAUCUUGAAUUCGAACUCAGCAAACUCCAAUUUGUUUGGUUGUUUCUGGGUCCCGAGGCAAACGGUCUCCCAGAUGAUGAAAAUAAUGGUCUACCAGGUGCACUUCACCGGUUUCUCAGAGAAAUUCAGCAACUUAUCACAGCCAUGGUCUUCGAAUCUAAUCUUCAAGAAUCCCCUUAUCGACAAACUUUCGACACCUCCAGCUCCUGGUCUGACGUCUGCACCUCCUUCACCCGCGAAUUCUGUUCGCUUCUUGGCCUCUCGGCCGAAUCUCCGCUUUAUCUCGCUGCAACAGCCGGAGCCAUCGCUCUCCCUACCCUCAUAAAACUCGCUACAAUCCAAAAAACAAAACGUACGAAUUGGACAACGGAUACAGAACUUGCGGUAGAGAUACCGUUACCGAGAAGCAUGAUAUUCCAUCCAAUUUUCGUAUGUCCGGUCAGCAAGGAGCAAACGAAUGAAUCUAAUCCGCCAAUGAUGUUACCUUGUGGCCAUGUGGUUGCGAAGGAGAGUUUGCAGAAAUUGAGUAAGGGUGGGAGAUUCAAGUGUCCAUAUUGUCCAGUUGAGAGUCAGAUGAAGGAGGCAAGGCAGAUCUACUUGUAG